AUUUUACAAGAGGAUUUACCAUUAGCUAUCACAAGUCAUAACCACGACUUUUUUGAGUCUCAGCUGAUUGAUUUGCAAAUGAUGAUGAUGAUCUAAUUGUCGGGCCCGUCAGAGAAACAAAGAAGGGACAUGGUAGGCUGCCGAUAUGUUCAUCAAAUUGUGAAAACCAUGUUCGCACCUUAAACACACCCUUCCAUGUUCUCUUACACCAACUCUAGAAACCCUGCAUUUAUUGCUCUUUCUCUAACCCUUAAUAAAAACAGAAGUAUAUAUAUACAUUCAUAUAUAGUUUGUCACAAUUGGAGAAUUGAGGAUAUUGAUCUUAUUCUGAACUGAUUCAGUGAUCAAAAUUGAAGUAUAGUUUAUACAUAUAUAGAUACAUCCCUUUGAAAUAUUACUCCUGUUACCCUUUAUCAAAACCCUAAAACUAUCAAACUUCCAACCAAAAAUGUCUGCAGCUGUUGUUGUUUAUCUGAUUUUGAGUAUUUUGCUGCAAGCAUGCACUGCCAGACUUCUUGGCCUUUUUGCUAAGCAAGACAUAAAUAAUGGAAGACUUCUUGAGGAGUUUUCUCAAAAGAAAGUUGAAGUAUUACGGGAGGCUUAUAGGUUAGUGAACUUGGAAACAAAUUUGAAGACUGAAGCUGAAAAUAGGAAAAUUCUGCUUCCAAGUCAUGUUGUUUUGAUGCAGCCAAAGAAAUUUGAGGCAGCCGAAGAAGGAAAAAAUGAUAAUAAAGGGAAAAGAGUCAUCAGACAAUCAAUGUUUGAUGAGAAGCUUUUACCAAUAACAGCAGAAAUCCAGGAUGAUGAACAUAAGAGGCAAGAACGGCAAAUGAUUGAAUCCCGACCACCAAACAACUCGGAGGAGACGAAUAUGGUUUCCAAGGAAAAUGACAUUGGGGAAGACAUUGUUGUGAUGGAUUAUGCACAACCUCACCGCAAGCCGCCCAUUCAUAACAAGGAACCCUAAAACUAGUAACCCCUUAAUAAGGUUCGAUAUUAAUUAAGAUGUCGAUGUUUUAAUCACCCAGCGCCAGUUACAAAAUUUUCAGUUUUUAAAAAGCUCAUUUUCCUCCUUUCUUGGGGGAUGAAUUUAUGUUAAUUCAAGCGUCAAGAAAGAUUAUUUAGCAUGACUAUGACUUAUAUCAUCAUCAGUGUAUAAAUCAGUCAAAGAUGGCUUUCCUAGAAGAAAAAAAGGCCUCUUUUCUUCACCGGAUAUGAAUAUUUUACGAUUUACAGAUCACAUUUGGUUUUUCUUCUUCUCUUUAUUUUUUUUAUUUUUUUUAUUUUUUUACAAUUGUUAUUACUUCUUUUUGACGAAUGUAUUGUAGCUACUAUUGAAACUGACCUAAAGAAACAUACGAG